AUGUCAGCACCAUGGCCCCUCACCCCUCCUGAUUCCUCCGAUCCCCAAACCAAAGAUGUAUCCUCCGUCGUCACCGCAAUCCACGUAAUAGCCACCGAGCGCGCCGCCCUAGCCCACCUCGAACACAUCUACCAGACCGAUGCGCGAGCGCAAGCCGACCUCGCCCGGGCCGUGGACCGCAUCACGCAGAGCGUGCGCGAGGGCGGCAAGCUGGUGGUCUGCGGCGUCGGGAAGAGCGGGAAGGUAGGACGCAAGAUCGAGGCAACGAUGAAUAGUCUGGGCGUGUACAGCGCGUUCCUGCAUCCAACUGAGGCCUUGCAUGGGGAUCUGGGAUUGGUUCGGCCGAAUGAUACGGUGCUUUUGAUUUCCUUUUCGGGUCGCUCGCCGGAAUUGUUGGCUCUGCUGCCGCAUUUGCCGCAGACAGUGCCUGUCAUUGCGUUGAGUUCUCAUACGGAUCCUGCGUCAUGUCCGCUGCUGGCUUUGCAUACGCCGUUGGGGAUGGGCAUUCUGUUGCCCGCCCCCAUCCAUGAAGACGAACAGUCUUCUUUCGGUGUUGGUGCGCCUACGUCUUCUACGACCGUGGCCUUGUCGCUGGGGGAUGCCUUGGCUAUCGCCUCAGCCCGGAAGCUUCACACGACCACGGGCAAAAGCCCGGCGGAGAUCUUUCGGGGGUUUCAUCCUGGCGGUGCGAUUGGGGCCGCGUCGGCUAUGCUGGCGACGCCGUCCAGCGGUAUGUCUGCGCGAGCCUAUGACUCGCCGGCAUCUUCGGUCUCCCUCAUGUGGGAGGACAUCAACAAUGCUCCGUUGAUACCCCCACUCACUCCACAGUCUCUGCCGACACGUCUCAUACCCGAGAACAUGAUAGUCCCUCUUCAGGCAAUCCCAACUGCCACUGCGUCGCCCGCCUCAAAUAGUGAGGUUCGACUCCUCGACAUCCUCCUAGCGGCCAUUCAGAACCCCAAUGCGAAAUCAUGGGUGUUUCUGUCCCCGUCUGAGAUCAUUCCUCCUCACCGUGUCCGCUCGCUCCUGUCUCCAGGCGGAGACAUGGACAUGCGCGUGUCAGAUCUCGCAGCCAAUGAUAAUGAUCCCCUCACCGUGCCUCGGAGCAACUGGCUCCUGGUCUCAGACUCCACGCCUCUUUCGGAGGUCCGAUAUGUCCUAUCCGAAUUACGAAAGGAGAGUCCAGUCGCCGUGAUUGGCGUCGUGAAGGACCUGGCCAAUCCCGACAGUUGCAUCGGAGUGGUAGAUGCGGAGGAGCUUUGGGGCUAA